AUGCGCUUAGCACUUCUCUUUAGCCUAAUUGGUAGCGCAAAGGCUUCUGGUGACUAUUUUGAGCCUUUUCCCACUUGCGCUGAUUGUCUACCCGUGAGUGUUCACGAUGCGCCAGGCAUAGGAUUCAGCCUCUCGUUAACUUCUGGGACCUCUCCUGUGCACUUCUAUAAUGGCACUGUUGAAAACAUUGCGUCAAUUCCUGCAAACCCGGAAUAUGCAGCACUUAUGAAGCGUCCAGCCAAUUCUCCUCCGCCUCCACCAUUGUCCAGAUGGGAGAAGUUACGACGAUUUUUCAACAAAAAGAUCGGAAGGCCAGCUACGCCUGAUGUCGGCAUUAUCGCCGCCAUGCUUGUCUCGUUACGCGACGUGACUUCUGCCGCAGUAACGAGUCCGUUGGAUAGAGUCGCUGUGUCGCACUCCCGAAUCCAAGGCCUGGCAGAACCAGACCUCUGGGACGCGCUCGAACACGCGCGUAUUCGACCGUGGGUGGCCGCUGGUCUGCCCCGUCCAAAAGUCGUACUUCCUUUGCCCGCUGCGGGCGGAUACCCAAGUCAGCUUCUUGAAUCAUAUGCUGUUCUCGCGGGACAUGGGAAGGGUUUGUGUGAACACUAUAAAAACAUCUGGCAAUGUGAGGAGGAGCAGGACAAUGUCCCUUUGGAAACAACCCUAGUCGUGGGAAUCACUCCUACCGAUUUACGUGGAGAUAUUAUCAGGACUUGGUCUGCUUUUACGGAUCUCCAGCCCAGACGCGGUGACCGGACGUUUGUAGACUUUGAACUAAGUCUAUCCACCGCUGAGGACAAACCCGACUUCUGGGCUCGCGUGAUCCAAAGGUUGCGGGGUUUCUGCGGCACAGUUCCUAAAGGAUUCCGCCUCGACACAAUCUUGCUGACAGGAGAGAACGCGACACAUCCGGCUUUUCUUCAAGCCUUACGAAGUGCGCUCAUAGGUAACGGGUACCUGCAGAGCGCAAGCGAUAGCGGAGAAAAAAUAUCAUUCGUCCAUGAGGGGGGAGCAGUAAUUGAUCCUGUCUUUGCUAGUGCUAGAGGGGCAGCUCAAUACGCAAGAUGGAGGCAGGAGGCGCCAGUCGGGUGUGAAGAACAGGACAGGUGCGAGGAAGAGAGGAGGAGACAAGGCAAGCAUGUUGAGUUGAGGUAA